AUGUCGGAUCCGAUCGUCACCGAAGAAACCGAUCUGUCAGGUCUCACCGGCUCGCCGGGCCAUAAGCGAAAGCGGGAGCCGGACAGUCCAGGUGCGCAGCGUCAUAAGCGCGCCGCUCCCCCGGCAGCCAUGACGGCUGACACGGCCUCCUUCAUCGACAGUGCCAUUGAGGCUACACACGCGGCUGCAGCCAACGGCGUCAACGUGGACGACUUCAAUGCUCUGCAACAGGCCGCCGCCGCCGAUCACGCCGAUCACGCCGAUGCCUCUGAUCCAUCAAACGCCACCAGCACCGCUCAAGCUGCCUUGGGCAUGUAUCCUACCCUGCAUGUGCCCCCGUCCACGGAGGAGCAGUUUGCGGCGCAGGCCACGGCAGACGGGGACCAUCAUUCUCACGAGCACGACGCAACCUUCAACCCCGAAGCUCCUCAGGCGGAUAUGAUGGAUCCCUCCGCCGCCGUCAACCCGCCGCAGCAGCCGCCGCCAAACGGAGUUCCAGCAGCACCUGGUCAUCGGUACUCAACAACAACAGCAGCAGCGGCAGCAGCGGCAGCAGCAUCAUCAUCAUCAUCAUCAUCAGCUCCAUCCAACCCCAAGCCCACCGUGGGUUCCGAGGAAUGGCACAAGAUGCGCAAGGACAAUCAUAAAGAAGUCGAAAGAAGGCGGCGCGAGACCAUCAACGAGGGCAUCAACGAGCUGGCCAAGAUUGUUCCCGGAUGCGAGAAGAACAAGGGCUCGAUCCUGCAACGCGCCGUCAGCUUCAUCACGCAGCUCAAGGAGAAUGAGCAGCAAAACAUCGAGAGGUAUACGCUGGAGAAGCUGCUUACGGAGCAGGCGAUAACCGAGCUGAGUGCUUCCAACGACAAGCUGAAGCAAGAGUGCGAACGGCUCUACCGGGAGCUGGAGACGUGGAAGCGAGUGGCCCAAAACGCAGGUCUGGAGCCGCCGCAACCCAAGCCGGAGCCCACGGCUGCCACAUCCAACUAG